CUGCCCAGUGCCGGAGCGGAGCGGAGCGGCAGCGGGUGGGGGGCACCCGGCCCGGGGGAAUCCCGGAACGGGCAGCGGUACCGGGGAUCGGAGCGAGCAGAGGGAUCGGGGCAGCACCGGGAAAGGGGUUCGGGUAACGGGGCCGUGCCAAAGGGUCGGGGAGUGUCGGUACCGGAGGUGCAGCGGUGGGAUAACGGCGGUACCGGGGAGCGGUGACGGGAAGAGGGGCUCCCUAUUGCCGGGAUGUGAUGAAACGCAAUCGGAGCGCUGUGACAGGAUAAGGAGAAGGGCAUCCCGGUACCGGGAGUGGGGAACGGGGUUGGUGCCGGUACCCUGUCAUAGGGUAAGGAAAAAGAGGGUCCCGGUCCCGGUACUGGGAGAGGGGAACCGGCCUGGUAUCCGAGCUUAGGGUUAGGAUUAGGAGGAUUCCGGUACCGGGAGAAGGAAGCGGAUAAGGAGAAGGGGGUACCGGUACCGGUGCUGGGAGGGAGGAACGGAUCCGGUGCCGGAGCGCAGGGUUCAGGUACAGCGCCGGGGGGUGAGGGUGGAAUCGGGUCGCGGAGCCGCUGCCGGUGGGGGGGGCAGCGCCCGGUGCCGAUUCCCGGUCCGCAUCGGUUCCACGGGACGGCAGCGCGGGGCUCCCGGAUCCCACCGAGCGCCGAUCCCGGAGCCGUGGGUGUGAAAAGGAAACGCCGCCGGCCCGCCCCUGCGCACCGGGACCCUCCGAAAGCCCCGGGGCCGCCCCGCCGGUGCCAUGCCCGCUCCGACCCCCCCGCGCCCCCGGUGACUGAACGAGGGCCGCAGAGCACCGGGAUGUCCCGGCGCGGUCCGUUCGCCCUCGCCCUUCUCGCUCUCCUGCUGGCCGCCCCGGUGCUGUGCUGCGGACCGGGUCGGGGCCCGGUGGGGCGGCGGCGGUUCGGACGGCGGCAGCUUUCCCCGCUGCUCUACAAACAGUUCGUGCCCAACGUCCCCGAGCAGACGCUGGGAGCGAGCGGGAGGGCGGAGGGCAAAGUGCUGCGGGGGUCGGAACGCUUCAGGGAGUUGGUGCCCAACUACAACCCCGACAUCAUCUUCAAGGACGAGGAGAACACGGGGGCGGAUCGCCUCAUGACGGAGCGCUGCAAGGAGCGGGUGAACUCUUUGGCCAUCGCUGUGAUGAACAUGUGGCCAGGGGUGAGGCUGCGAGUGACGGAGGGCUGGGAUGAGGACGGCCACCACCUCCCCGACUCGCUGCACUACGAGGGCCGGGCGCUGGACAUCACCACGUCGGAUCGGGAUCGCCACAAAUACGGGAUGCUGGCGCGGCUGGCUGUCGAGGCCGGCUUCGAUUGGGUCUACUACGAGUCCAAAGCUCACAUCCACGUUUCUGUCAGAGCAGAUAAUUCCUUGGCCAUCCGCACCGGCGGCUGCUUCCCCGGCCACGCCACGGUGACGCUGCGGAGCGGUGAGAGCCGGGGUUUGGCCGAGCUUCGUCGGGGCGACUGGGUGCUGGGAGCCGAGCCGGGCGGGCGCCUGGUGCCCACCCAAGUGCUGCUCUUCCUACACCGCGACCUCGGCCAGCGCGCGUCCUUCGUGGCCAUCGAGACGGUUUCUCCAUCCCAACGGCUGCUGCUCACCCCGUCCCACCUCGUUUUCGCCUCACGAGGGGUCGCCAACGGCUCCGCCGCGUUCCUGCCCGUCUUCGCCCGUCGGCUGCGCCCGGGGGACGCGGUGUUGGCCCGCGGGGACGAAGGGCUGCGUCCCGCAAAGGUGCUGAGGGUGUCGAGGGAGGAAGGGAUCGGGGUGUUCGCCCCGCUCACCUCCCACGGAACCCUCCUGGUGAACGGGGUGCUGGCAUCCUGCUACGCCGUCCUGGAGAGCCACCGCUGGGCUCACCGCGCCUUCGCUCCGCUGCGGCUCUUCCACGGGCUCCUCUCGCUGCUGCCGGCCCGCCCCGAGCCGGGGAACGGCACGGCGCCCGAGGUGGGCGUGCAUUGGUACUCGCGGCUGCUGUACCGCCUGGCACGCGGCGUGCUGGGCCGUGAGGGCGCGGGGGGGGCAGGGACGCCCCCUCCUGGGGACUCGCCGCUGGGCGCUCGGUGCUUGGAGCCUGGAGGGUGAGGAGGGGGUGUGGGGCGCCUCCAGGCCCGCGCUGAGGGCGGGUGUCCCUUGGGGGGGCGUCGCUCACAUUGGUGCCCCUCACUGGGUGUCCGCUGGGUGGGAGCCCCUCAGGUGCGGAUCCCCACCGGGUGCGUCUCCCCCAGGUAUCCCCCUCCGCUCCGCCCCCAGGUGGGCGCCCCUCACUGGGAGACCGCGUAUGGGUGUCCCCUGGGUGGGUGGUCCUCAGGUGGACGCUCUUUGAGUGGAUCUGGCCGCACAUUGAGUGCCCCCCCCCCGGUCCCCCCCCCCACCAUGUGGGCACCCCUCGCCCUCAGGCAUCUGUCCCCGGGAUGGGUGCCGCCAGCUGGGUGAUGCUUGGGGAGGCAGUGGGGCAGCACAGGGAGCGCAGCUCAGCUCCACGCCCCGCACAGCGCUGCCAGGUGCCCCGUGCCCCCCUCCCCCCCACUCCCCCCGUAUUUAUUGCUUUAUUAACCACUGUGGAAUGGGGCUGGGGUCAUCGCACCGAGCCCAAAUCCACCCCAGGGGGCGUUCGGUGAGCCCACCCCCACCUGCUGCUGCUGGCACCUUGGGGGGGGAGUGGGGAACCUCUGCCACCCGUGGGGGUCCCCGUCCCCACGUGGCUCAGUGCUGUGAGGGAUCCAAUCCCGGUGUGUGCCGUGGGCACGGGGGGGGUCCCAGCUCUAACCCACGCUAACCGCUAACCUCCCCCCCCAUUAAGAGUUUUAUUUUUCUAUUUAUAAAUGAUAAUAUAAAUGCGCUCGGCACCGCACGCCUCGCAGCGGGUCGAAGGGGGGGGGAGGUGGAGAAGGACGCGCUUUUAACCACUUCUGUUUAAAAAAAAUAAUGUUAAUAUUUAAUUCUUUCGGGAAAUAAAGAGAAUCUACGAGAA